CGUACGACCUCCCGAUCCAGUAAACCAGAAUCCCUGAACAGGACGGGAUCCUCAUAUACAUCUCAGGGUCCUGUAGAUUAGGGGUCGCGAGAUGCGUUUGCUACUGAUAGCAAUCGCCUCCGGGGCAGUCCUCGUUGGCUUGUUCUCAGCUGUCCAUUGUGACGGUGGAUACGGCGGAUACAAUAACUAUGGCAAUUACGGAGGAUACGACAAUGGAUAUGGAUAUGGCGAUCAAGGAUACGGCGGAAUGUACGUUGGUUCUGGAUACGGGGGUUAUGGAGGACAAGGUGGAUACGGCGGAAAUGGAUACGGGGGAUACGGCGGAAAAGGUGGAUACGGGGGAAAUGGUGGAGGAGGCGGAGGAGGAUAUUUUGACAGCAGAAUGGCCCUAUCCGUGCCGUACGGUAUAAGCGUUCCACCAAUCGCUCCUCCCGUCGGCUUUGACCAAAGCGGACUGUAUGGCGGUAACAAUAACUCUAUCUGGACUGUCGUCGGGAUCGGAUUCCUGUUUUGGCUGUUGGCCAGCGGUGCGAGUAGCAGAACCGGUUAGACAUGGAAUAAAACUACAAUACCUCUGUAUAUAUCUUUAAGCGCAAGAGGACCAAGCCGUCAUGUGUGUCACCAAAUGCCCCAUUUUAUAUUUUUGUGAUGUUAUGUGUUUUUUGAAAUAAACUAUUUAAGUUAUUAUA